AUGGAGUGCAUUGGUGUUGCAUCCCGCGGAAUAGUUCGUGAAGAGCUCACAAGAUACAAUUAUCAAGAAUGGAAAAUUCUAAUGAAAAAUUAUCUGAGAGGGAAAAAUCUGUGGGAUGUUGUGGAGAGUGGUUCUGCAUCCACACCCAUUGAUGCACAGAAAGACGCAGAGGCUCUGCAUAUCAUUCAACUAUCAUGUGCACCAAACAUUUUCGAUCAAAUUAAACACUUCCAAACUGCCCACAUAGCUUGGAAUCACUUGGCUAAACUUUGCAUAUCUGAGUUUAAAGUCCAACCGCAUAUUCGUCACGGUGUUGUAUCCGACAACGUUGGUGAGCACAAAGCUUUAUACAAGUGUGUGGAAAACGGUGAUUGGGAAGGCACAAGCUCAUACUUGAGGGAUCAACCAAAUGCCAUAUUUUGGGCUUCACCUUCAGGUAGGACGGUUCUUCAUGUUGCAACAAUAGAAGGACAUAGGAUCAUUGUGGAGGGGUUAGUGUAUUUAGGAAAGAAGCAAUUAGUAGAAAUGAAGGAUGAGGAUGGUAAUACUGCACUUGCUCUUGCUGCUAGUUACACUGGAAACGUUAAUAUAGCAAGAAGUAUGGUAAAUGUGGAAGGUGGCGAAGAAGUGCUUGGUAUAGAGAACAAAGAGGGUGAGAUCCCUCUUCUUAUGGCUGCUAAUUCAGGACGCAAAAGAAUGACUCGUUACCUUUUCCUUAAAACUCCUUCUCAUGUCAUCAAAGACAAUCGAGUUUUGCUGCUGGAACGAUGCAUCCAAGCGUAUAUAUUAGAUGUAGUUUUGAAAUUGCUUAAUUAUGAGGAACUGCCCAUUGAAUGCCUAGGCGUCUUGCACCAAUUGGCUCGAAUGCCAGCUGCACAUUUAUAUCCCAGUUUUUGGGACUUAAUAAAGAUAGAUGGUAAUAUACUCGAAUUUAUUUGGACAAUAUUGUUUGGAAAUUUGAAGGUUUCACAAUGCUCAAUUAUGGAUUCAUGGGGACGGAAAUCAAAAAAUAGAGAGAGUGUAUUUGGAGACAAGAAUGAAUUUCUACAAAUAUUAAGGUAUUAUAAAGAUAAUGUUCGGAAGUUGAAUAGUUCACAACUCCAGGAUGCUUUGGUGUAUGAUGCCAUGUUGGAAGCAGCAAAGCAUGGAAAUGUUGAGUUCAUAAAUGCUAUGAGGAAGGCUAACCAUGACCUCUUAUUGGCAAUGGACAAUCAUGGAAGAGACAUAUUCUCGUAUGCGGUUCUUCAUCGCAAACACAAUGUGUUCCAAUUCAUGCUUACUCUAUCUGAAAAUAAGGAUAUAAUUAACUAUACAACAGACAUGUUUGGCAAUAACCUAUUGCACUUGGCGGCACAUUUAGGACCUUUGUCUAAUCUGAAUCCUGCUCUGCAAAUGCAAAGAGAAGUUCAAUGGUUUCAGGCGGUGGAGGAAGUUGUGCAUGUGAAAUGUAGAGAAGCCAAAAAUGAUGAAGGUAAGAAGCCUAAAGAGAUAUUUAUUGAAACGCACAAGGAGCUGAUGAAAGAUGGAGAAAAAUGGAUAAAGGAAACAGCUGGGACAUUUGCAAUUGUGAGUGGUCUUGUUAUAACUGUGAUGUUCGCUGCAGUCUUCACUGUCCCAGGGGGUCUCCAUCAAGACACUGGAAUACCGAUUCUGAUAAAGGAAAAACAGUUUACUGUGUUUAUUGUAGCUGAUGUAAUCUCUCUCUUAGCGUCUAUCAUUACAGUAUUGAUAUACAUUGACGUUCAAACAUGGCAUCAUGCUCCGAGAGACUUCCUAGAAAAUUUGCCCACCAAGAUAAUGUCAGGGCUUGGGUGUCUUUCCCUAUCCCUAGUGUCUAUGAUGAUUGCCUUCUGUGCUGCGCUUGGAAUAGUUCUACAAAAAUCAAGCUUGUACAAGCACUUCUAUGUAGGAAUCGUCAUAUUGACAGGCGUUCUCUACAUUUUAAUCGUACGCUCAGGGCUCAUAAAUUACAUUUUUCAACUUACAACAUCAAAUCUCAUCAUCGGUCACCAGUCAAGCUUCUGUAAGAGCAUGAACAGAAGAGUCAAUUAA